AUAGAAGAAAACGAGAGAAGGAGAAAAGAAAUAGCGAGGGAGAGAUCGAUCAAAGUUUGAAAAUUGAAAAGAAAAAAUGUCAAAACCCAAAAACCCAGAGGAAGGAAUUUAGAGAGAACAGCAAAAUGAAUUGAAAUUGCAGAAAAAGGGAAUUCUGUAUCGAGAGAGAGGAGAGGGAGAGAAUAAUAAUAAUAAAGCUUGGUUGAAUGCAUAAGAGAAAGAGGAAGAGGAAGCUUCGACGCAUCAAUUUUCCCUCUGAAUCUCGAAAUUUUCUUCCAAUUUAUCUACUUCAGAACAGGUUCUCUCCUUCUCUCUAUCUCUUCCUUGAUUCUCUUUAUUGUUUCUCUCUCGCAUCAAUUUGUAGUUCAAUUUGAGCUCUAAAGGGUUGUGGGCUGAUCUCUAACAAUCGAAGGAUAAUAAACUCUGCUGCUUCUUUCUAAUUGGUAUAAAAGGAGUUUGGUGCAGUUACAUUGAGGUUAUUUUUACAAAUUUAGCAAGUUGUAAUUGAAGGAAUAAAGGGUUUUGUAAAGUUACAAACUCAAAUUUCGAAGAUGGCUGCGGUUUUGAUUUGUAUGCUCAAAUUGAAUUUUUCGGAGGGAGAGUUGUAGUUUCUACCUUUUUAUUGAACCCUCAGCCAUGCCAAAGAUACGUGUUCGGUAUUGGCAUUGAUGGUUUUUCUCGAAGUUAUGGUUAUGUACUUUUCGGGUGGUGGCAAAUGGGAUUUCGGAAACAAAGUGAAAUAACCCUGAUUUAGUUAGGGCUUUGAGUUUACAGCAGCCAAUUUUUUUAAUUUUACUGUUGUUGACUAUGUUGUGAGAAAUGCAACGGUGGAAUCAGCAUUCGCGGGUAAAUCUCGCUGAGUUGAAAACUCAGAUAGUCAAGAAAAUUGGGGUGGAGAGGACAAAAUUGUACUUCUAUUAUUUGAAUAAAUUCUUGAAUUUGAAGGUGAGUAAGAUCGAGUUCAAUAAGCUAUGUUUUCGGGUUCUUGGAAGAGAGAAUAUUCCCCUACAUAAUCAUUUUAUAUGUUCAAUCUUGAAAAAUGCUUGUAAUGCCAAAAUCUCACCGCAAUUGAAUCAUGAUAAGGAGGUUCCAAUAUCAACAAGAGAUGGGUCCCACACUUUCCUGAAUGGGAAGACAGAUUUUGCUUCUUAUCCAUCAAUCAUUACGGGGAAUAACAUAGCUUCAGAAGAUGGCAUACUGAAGCCGGUGCAGCAUCAUCAAGUACUCUUGGAAAAAGCAGACAGAGAAGGGGAGGUUUUAUUUCACCACCAGAACAAAUUACUUCCUGCAAAACGGUCAACAGAUGGUUCACUUUCUAUACAGAGUCGAGAACAGAGUGAAGUAUCUGUGGUUGAAGACAGAAAAGAGACAUCUACUUUAAGUUCACUUGUGGCUCCACUUGGAAUUCCCUUUUGCAGCGCAAGUGUAGCAAGCAAUGCUAGAUGCACAAGUUCACAUGACAUUGGUGGAUUGCUGGACUCACGGUCACUACGGGAAAAAAUGCAACAAAUUGCUGUAGCACAGGGCCUUGGUGAGGUGUCAAUGGACUCUGCCAAUUUGCUGAACAUUGGCUUGGAUGCCUACUUGAAAGGGUUGAUAAAGUCUUGCAUUGAACUUGUGGGUACCAGGUGUGGAUGCAAUUUGGUGACAAAAAGUAGCCACAAGCACAAUUCUCAUAUGAAGCUUGUUAAUGGGUGCUUUCCAGACCAUCGUAUGCAGAUGCAAAGUAGCAGUAGACUCUUAGAUGGAGUACAAGAGCAGAGAUCCCACUUCUCCAUAUCUUUGCUGGAUUUCAAAGUUGCCAUGGAGCUUAACCCACAGCAGCUUGGAGAAGAUUGCCCAUUGCUGCUGGAGAAAAUUAUGCAUGUAAUUGAAGAAUAAAACUUCCUAUGGGAGGUUUUCUUUCUGAUGCUACUAAUUUGGUUUUUCUGGUUCUAAAGGGUCCAAGAAGAUAGUUGUUUAUUAUGCAUGCAUGCAGAUGAUCUAAUGAACAUUCAACCAUUUCUUAGCGUUUGUGAAUCAGUUUCCUGCUCUCAGAUUAAAUUCCACCCCUUACUAGAUGAGGUGUGAAUGAGAGCAGGAGGUUCUGCUUUUUAGGAUGUUGUUGAUUUGGUGUACCACAUUUUACAGCAACCAGUCAAAAGGUACACAGAAAACUAUGUCCAUUUUGGUUGCUCCCUGUUGUAUUUUUAGGAUAGUCAGCAUUUUCUGCAAUUUUUUAGUUGAUGAGAAGAAAUUUUUAGAAACAGUUUUGCAGGAAUAAUUUGUCUAGCUUGUUAGGAAGGUUAAAAGCUGGACGUUGUAAAAGUUCCUGUAUAUUUAUUUUCUACAGUCAAAUUGCUGGGGUCUUGGUAUUAACAAGUUAUCCAGGCUGAUUGUUUCUGCUGAUUUUUAUUCCAUCUAUGAAGUUGAUUUAUUGGUUUAAACUCCUCUUACAAGUAAUGUAAUUUCUUUCCUCAUUUUGGUAGUUUGUGCUGGAUUUUGCUCUCAUGGCUCUUCAAAUACAUGUGCAAUGAGAGACCAAUACAAUCUCCAACUUGCCAGUCUGUUUAUUUACAAUGUUCUUGAAGUUUAUUGUUGUCUGCAGCAUUCCUAUUUAUCUAAACAGUAACGUUUAAGAUAUCUAUGAGAAUGAUCCAUCUGGUUUCAAACAUUGUUAAAAUUAGAUUUUUAGAAUUAGCUUUCAGAAAUGCAAGUUCAUGAAGUUGAGUGUUGAAACAAGCAAAUGGAAAUGCUGAAGCAUUAGUAUUCAUACAAUGACAACUUAACAACCCUGCUUUACCAGAACGACACCAGAAAAUACCCAGCAUUAUUUGGUAUGAAGAAGCCCGAUAAUAUUCUAAGAGCCUGGUGAUGAGUUAUGCAGAAUAAAAGGGGGAAGUUUGUCUAUCAUUCUUAAGGCAGUGGGUUCGGAGGUUUUUGGAUGUCAUACAGAGAGCUCAUUCACACUAUAUAGGGAAAGAUGAAUUCUUCAAGGUUAAAUAUAGCUAGUAUGCCUCACUCUUUAUUAUUUAAUUAUCUGUUGAGAAUGCUGCCACACUAUACGCUAACAUCCAGGGAUGCAUAGUUUUGGUUUAUUGUAUAGCAGAUAUUGCGGUCUGGUUUAAGUGGAUAAUGCUGUCCAAACCUUCUGAAGCAUUGUUCAUGUUGUGCUUGGUUCAGGUAUGUCUUCUUGUUCAAGUUCUAUAGAUGCAGGUGUUUAUCACCUAGACAGCUGUUUCUUGAACCAUUGUUUGAUUUGUGUUUCUUUAGUCUUCCUUUUUCUUUUUAAUUUUUAUAAGUAGCCCUAGUGUUUAUCAUCUGACAAACAGCUGUAAACCAUUCAAUUUUGUUGCUGCUUGCUGGGAUGAUUUCACUGUAAGCCCUGUUAUUAUAAACACAUUUUUGCCAUUGCAUGAUAGAAUUUCUUAAGCAAGAUGAAAAUGCAGUUUCUCUGUUAUUCAAAGUAAAUCUUAAGAAAUUUGGUUCCUAAGUCCCUUUUAAAUUGAUAUCGUCCCACUAACAUUCUGCUUUGUCUUUUCAUUAAUAAUGUUUUAAUUUUUCCUGUGACCUUGGCUUGCAUCUCGAAGGGGUAGAACUCUUUAUUUAGAAUUUAGUAAUUGCUUUGGGUAUUUUUCUGUGUGUAUAUGUUCUGGGCAACUAUUUAGAUAUUGGCAAUUCUUCCUGUGAUGAUGACCCGCAUCUGAGGUAUAUAGAUACUGAGUUUAUUUCAAAUGGUGAUUCAUGUCCUAGGAGCUUGCACAAACUAAUUAACAGUUUAUUUCAAAUGGUGAUUCAUGUCCUAGGAGCUUGCACAAACUAAUUAACAGAUGUGGUGACUUGAGAAAAUUAAUUCCUUGCAAGUGGCAUGGUGUUGUGGUUGUUUUAUUUUUGUAGAAAAAGGAAUGAGGACAGAGAUGAAAAUGAGUUGAGCAAGGGGGAUGUCCAGUGUAAAUUGGCACGCACAGUGUGCAGAAGGUUGAGUAAUGAGUAUAUAGAAAUCAUAGGAGAGAAGAAAAUAAGUAGGUAGAACCAAAAUAACCUAGGGUGAUUUGAGAAAAUUAAAAUCCUUGGCAAGUGGCAUGGUGUUGUGGUUGUUUUUAUUUAUGUAGAAAGAGAAAGGAGAUGAAAAUGAGUUGAGCAAGGGGGAUGUCCAGUGUAAAUCAGUACACACAGUGUGCAGAAGGUUGAGUAAUGAGUAUAUAGAAACCAUAGGGAAGAAAACAAGUAGGUAGAACCAAAAUAACUUAGGGUGAAGCACUUUAAAGGCCAUGAGAGUUUAUCAGCUCCAAGUCUAAGGUUGUAUGAAGACCCAAACAAAUAGAUGAAACUGGUUAACUAGCACAGCUGCAGGUUAAAGAAAUGUUUCUGUUCAAGGCCAGUUUUGAAUCCUGAUAUAUUAAAGAAGAUCAAUUUUACAUGAUAAUUUUAGUAAUAUUGAAUAAAUUGAUUUCCAUGUAACUGUGCCAAUUUCUGUUUCACUAUAUAUAAGCUUGUAUGACAUGUCAGGACUCAGAACCUUAAGGUCCUUUGAGAACUUUUCUCUAUGUCAUGAGCCUCCAAACUGCUAAAACGCGAGCAUCAAUCAAUCAACACCUCCGACUGUCAAGUUCCUUGCGUGUUCUCUCUCUCUCAGGCUCUCAGCCUCCAUCUUUCCAUCCCUUAAGGCUGCAUGCUUGUUGUUUGGGCCAUUGUGGAGCGUGAACACUGGGCUCAAGCUCUUGAAGUGUUUUCUAACCAAUAUCCUUUUGCCUUUAGUUUUGGAUAUUAAUUGAUGAUAUAAGAUUCACUAAGCAUGUUUUUGGAGUAAUGCUACAGUAGAGUUUGUUGCAGUUUCACAAUAAUGAUAUACUGUUCUUUACAAAGAGCUCUUUUCAGUUACACUCCUCUUAUUUCUUAUGUACUCCUGACCAUCUAAUUUGCUUGAAGCAGGCCAGACUGUCAGAUAUUGCGGUCAUGGAAAUCCCACUUUGCUUUCAGUUUGGAGUCUGGUAUCUCCUGGCCGCAGCAAAUCAGAAGGAUAUGACCCCGGCUUGGUGUUUUGGUGGGAUCAAUGUGUCAUCAAGAAAAUAUCUGACUUAAAAUAGCUUCUGAAUUAGGAAAAUCAUCCAAGCUGUUGCGAGGUAUACUGAUGCUAACCAAGCACACGGGGGAAGCUAUUCCAAGUAAGAUAUCAUUUAUGGGUUAUGACAAAACAUUAUGUAUUUACAAAUGACUUGUCAUUUGACAGGAACUUGUUUUCUCACAUAAAGGUAAAACUUUUGACACAUAUUUGCACCGAUUUCUGAUAAACUCAGCAACAGCUCUGUACCAUGCUACUGCAAUAACGGCCGUUGGAUGGUAAAACCUAUGAUGGAUGCCCAUGAAGUUGCAGGACACGAGCAGCUCAUCAUUAUUAGCACGCAGUAUGCUGUGUCUUCUUGUAUUAGGCAUGGUUUGCAGAGAAGGAAGAUGUUCCACUAUUGUUAGACCAUACAAAAACUUUCCAGAAAGGUCGUUGCUUGCGCUUGGGUUGGUUAGUUAUCUGUUCUGUUUCUGAUCUUCUCAACAUCUCCCACAUAACUUGGACAUCCUCAUAUCCACAGGUCUGUAUAUCAUUGUGAAGCUUCAGAAGACCAGCACCUUCUCAAAAACACAACACCAGGGGACAAAAACAUGUAAGAUCUUUCUGAUUCUUUAAUGGAAUAAAAAAAAAAAAAAAGAAGCUGACCCAGUUAUUGACCCUAUAAUCCAAUAGCCUAAAUGACAUUAAUCAUGUGAUACUCCCAAGUGGUUGGGAAACAAAAACAAAGGUUGUUUUGUUGUAUUAAAGCAUUAAUCAAUACCCAGAUGGAGCUGGAGGAAUCUGUGAUGGGGGCAAAGGAAGCAGUGAUUAGACAAAUAAUUCUUGUUCAGUUAUCAAAAGUGACGGCUAUAGCCAUAAAGCUACACUGAAAUAGAAGGUGAUCUUAAAGUGAAGCCUCUUGUGCUUUAACUUUCGGCGCAGGGUGUUUCUGAAAAGGCGACGAUUGUAUCCAUAAAGAUUUUUCUAUUAGGCAUCUGACCUUGUAUAAGAGCUUUAUUUUAUUUCUGAGUGGUUUUAGCCUAGUGGAUGUGGUUGGUCAUACAUAGAAUCUACAAAUUGGGGUGAUCUUACAGAAAUUAUUCCUUAACGAGAAAAACGAUUAUCUACUUUUUCUUAUUUUUAGAAUUCAUGAAUGGGAUCGCUUGUAUAAAUUUUUGUAAAUUACUUAUUUAGAAAUAUCUAAUCAUUUUCCUAUAACUGAAAAAAGAAAGGAAACCGAAUCCAACAUUGCUUUAAUUACCUCCCUCGGAAUUAAAGAAUUAAGAGAAAAUAAACCUCUCAAACACUAUUAUUAUUACUACCGGUGAGGGUCAUUAUUGUUGAAUUAUGAAAGAUUAGAUAACUGAUUUGACAAAUCAAUUCUUAUGAAAUUUCGAUUUGUCUUUUAGUCGAUUCACUGACAAUUAUUGGAUUCUUCCACCAAUUUUUUUUUUUUUGGAAAAAAAAAAACAUCAUAACAAUAAUAAUCAAAAGCCGGAAAAGAAAGGUUCACAAGUUUUUGAAAAGAAAAAAAAAAUGGAAAACUCAUAUAAAUAACGAAAUAAAAGAAAAACUUGUAUAAAUUAGUUUCUUCUGAUUUAAUUAUAUUAAAAUUGAUGAACUUUU